AAAUGACGCCCAUUAUGGCAAGCCAUAAGAACUCUACUUUCACUUCCUCCAGCUGCAGCACAGAUGUAGUUACAAACAGCACUCUAGUGGUACCCGUGACUAGUGCCUGGAGCUGGUUCCUUCUGAAAGUAAACUGUUUACAGCAUUUUGGCGUGGAAGCAGUACUACGAUGUGACUGUUGUGUGAUAAAUAUGGUUCAGAUGGAAGAAGCCAAAGUGUCGUGCCUUAGCCUUCUCACCUACCACAGAGAGCUGCUGGUGUCCAGGCUGAGGAGCAUUCAGUGCAUCCUCGACAACCUGUUGGCAGGUGGCUUCCUCUGUGAAGAGGAUGUUGAGAUUGUUCAGCGAACUGUCACUAAGACAGAUCAGGUGCGCAAAAUCUUGGAGCUAGUGCAAUGCAAGGGGGAGGAGGCCUGUGAAUACUUCAUUUUCAUCAUAUAUAAUGUCCACGAUGCGUACAUAGACCUCCAGCCAUGGCUGAAAGAGAUCAAUUACCAACCAAGCAAAGAAGUUACAGUGAUGAAAGUGGUUAACACUGAUCCCAUCAGCAGGUACUGUGCGAAGUUGAGACAUGACAUGAACCGGGACACCAGCUUCAUCAUGUCGUAUGGCCAGAAAGAGGAGACCCGGCUGGAAGACCUUUACACUGACACUGUGAUGGAAGUGUUGAACAACUGCAAUGAAAGUCUGGGUUUCUUAGAGAGCCUGGACCAGCUCCUGGGAGACAACUCAGUUUUCAAUCCCCAAGGUGAAAUCAUCUAUGUAAUGGGGGAUGCUGGUGUGGGAAAAUCCAUCCUUCUGCAGAAGCUUCAGAACCUCUGGUCCCAGAAGGAGCUGCAGACAGAUACAAUCUUUUUCUUCAAGUUUCGCUGUAGGAUGUUCAGCCUCUUCAAGGAUACAGACCAGAUCUCCCUCAGAGAUCUGUUGUUCAAGCACAGCUGCUACCCAGACCAUGAUCCAGACAAUGAAAUCUUUGAUUACAUCCUGCGCUUCCCUGAAAAGGUUGUAUUUACCUUUGAUGGCUAUGAUGAGAUUCAGGAGCAUGUCGACUUGAUGAAUGUUCCUGAGGUGGUGUCACCAGAAGACAAGGCAAGCCCCCUCCAGCUGCUCAUCAGCUUGCUCUGUGGAAAACUACUCAAGGGCUCAAAGAAGGUGCUGACAGCCCGAACAGGGAUUGAGAUCCAAAGUACAGUGAUCCGAAAGAAGGUCAUGCUGCGUGGCUUCUCUCCAGCUCACCUAAAGGUUUACAUAGAUCUGCACUUUAAGGAGCAGGAGCAUAGAGACCUGGUGUCAGUUCAGCUGAAUGCUAGUCCCUACCUCUGUGGCCUGUGCUCCACCCCGCUGUUCUGUUGGAUUGUAUUCAAGAGCUUUAGGCACCUACAUACAAUGCAUGAUAGUUUUCAUCUGCCUGACACCUGCGUCACACUCACUAAUAUCUUUCUCCUGCUGUCUGAGGUGUUCCUCAGUCGCUUAGCCUCACCUGCACCAUCUUUGCUGAAGAAAAGCACUCGCUGCACCUCAGAGACAUUCACAGCAGGGCUCAGGCCCCUUGCUGCGUUUGCCAAGCUAGCACUACAGAGUAUGGAGAGAGGUAGCUUCAUUUGCAACCAAGAGGAGAUCAGUGCUUGUGGUCUGACAGAAGAGGACCUGCCCCUGGGCUUUCUUAGACCUGUUAGUGAGAUUGAUGCCAAUGGAAGCCCUGCUACGUUUGAAUUCCUCCACGUCACCCUCCAGUCUUUCUUGGCAGCAUUUGCUCUUGUGUUGGAUGAGCAGGCUGCUCCCAGCUCUAUCCUUAAGUUCUUCACCGAGUGCAGCAGGAAAAGGCAACAGUUCUGUCUGCCUGUUGAUUUCUGUAUCAGUAGCUCCUCAAGGUCCAGUGAAAAGAAGCCGUUUGCACCUAAUGAGCACCUUCAGUUCACAAAUCUGUUUUUGUGCGGGUUGCUGUCCAAGAUUAACACAGGCCUGAUGGGACAUCUGCUAUCUCCUGUUUUAUUAAGGAAAAAACAGGCCUUGCUGAAGUCUUACCUGUCUACCAGUGUCAGGUCCCACCUGCAGGGUUUACCCCACCACAGUGCUAGUGAUGGCAAGGUAGUUCAUGUUUUGAGCAACUUCCUUUGGAUGCUGAGGUGCAUCUUUGAGACGGGGAGCAAAGACAUUGCUCAGAUGACAGCGAAGGGCAUCACAGCUGAAUUUAUCAAGCUGGGUUACUGUAACAUCUACUCAGGUGACUGCACUGCCCUGAACUUUGUACUACAGCAUCGUAAGAAACUCCUGGGGGUCGACAUGGACAACAACAACAUCAGUGACUAUGGAGUGAUGCAACUCAAGCCGUCCUUUUGCAAGAUGACAGUAGUGAGAUUGUGCGUCAAUCACCUGUCAGACAGCAGCAUUGAGAUCCUUGCAGAGGAGCUGUGCAAACACAAAGUUGUGAAAACUUUGGGGCUUUACAAUAAUCACAUCACAGAUGCUGGAGCCAAGCUGGUUGCUCAGAUAAUUGAGGAAUGCCCAAAGCUGCGUAAUGUCAAGAUUGGCAAUAACAAGAUCACUAGUGUUGGUGGGAGGUAUCUGGCCAAUGCAAUCCAGAAGAGCACUUCGAUAUUUGAUGUGGGGAUGUGGGGGAACAGUAUCGGUGAUGAGGGAGCCGAAGAUUUUGCUCAGGCUUUGAGGAACCACCCAAGCCUUACCAACCUCAGUUUGUCAGCCAAUGGUAUCACAUCUAAAGGCGGGAAGUGUCUGGCAGAAGCGCUGAAAGAAAACAAGGUCCUCCGGAUAUUCUGGUUGGUGCAGAAUGAGUUGACUGACGUUUCAGCUCCACACUUUGCAGAACUGAUCAAAGCAAACACUGGUUUAAGCCACCUCUGGUUAAUCGGCAACCAGUUCACUGUGGAUGGAAUGAGACACCUCGCUGAGGCACUGACUCACAACACGGAACUCAAAGAGAUAUGCGCGAAAGGAAACCAGCUCUCUGAAGAGGAAGAGAAAGAAUUUCAAUCGGAGAAACGUCUGCGGUUCCACUGACUGGGCAUGCGAGUCGGACAUGCACGUGCUGUCAUAUCUGUAUCUUAGAAAACAUGGAGUGUGUGUUUACUGUGUGUAUGCAAAGUGUUAGCAGUAGCACACUGAUUUCCUCUGAUGUUACACUUUCUGCUUUUACCUAAUACUGUGGGUGUGUAAUUCUGUCGAUUGUGCACUUGUUAACCCUUGUUAACCCUUUCUGAUUUUUUGCUCUGUACCGAAUGUAUUUCCUGUUUCAUGUCGGGGAAGUUUACUUUGAAAUUUUGUAAUAUUGUCACAGAUGAAAAAAGGAAGUGAAAAUGGUAAUGACUGUGCUGACUUCCUUCCAUGCAUAUUUUGUUUUAUAUUAUUACAUACAAACAAUAUGUACUGUACGGAACUAUUUAUUAUUAGACUGUUACCCAAGAUGCUGUCAGUUUCCCACAUACAGUAUACGAUAAAAGUAAUCGCUCAUCCGUGCAAUAUCACUUAAAUUUCAAAUGAUUUAAAAUUCUAUCACCAUGUCAAUAUUUGCAUUAGUUAAGCAGUAGGGUAUUUUUUUCAAAACUAACAGUUUAUAUUUACUACACUGAAAGUGCAGGACCCGCAGAAAAAUAGUUCCAACAAAAUUCAGCAGAACUCUAUUGUUUUCUUUACUGCAUUUUUUUCAACCAAUUUAUCUUCACCAUCAUCUGGCCAAAGAAUGUGCUCUCAAUAUUCAUCAGACUUGAGCAAAGAGCAAAUGCUGUUUUGUUGGGAUGACAUCUUUAGAGCUUCAUGUUAUCCAAUAUCAGAGGUAGAUUGUGAAAGCAGUGUCUUUAUUUUUGGAGGAUCGUCACUUUUUUAAUCACUAUGCCAUAUUCCAGAGCUUCUCAUUACUGCUGCAACUGUGGUUUGAUUGAUUUUGAACUGUCCACCAACCUUCCUGUAAUCUUUUCUAUCUUUGUGAAGCCACAAGUCGGAUAUUUUUAAAUUCCUCUGGCAUUUCUUUUCCAUGUUGAGCCAUGAUUCAGCUAUGCAGAUGGACACAGGCAAUAGACCCAAACCUCGUGUUCACAGAUCAUGAUUUAACAAUGAGCAAGCAGUCAGGCUGACUGGAAAUCACAAAUUCACACCAUUUUAUUUCAGUGAUCACAGUUAGUCACUUUUAUUUCAUUGAGUUUAUAGUUUGGGCUCAAUAGUUUCAGUAUGGUUUUUAGAAAGCAAGUGUUUGAAUAUUUAUAUGACAAAAUACUUGUCAGCUUAGAGAUAAUGCAUUUAUUGAGAACCAUUUCACAUUUAAGUGACUUUUCACAGGAGCUGGUUCUCACAUCAGCUGUAUACUAUUCAUGGAAUGUUUCUGGUUCACGUCAGCUGGAAUAGGGGAAACAAAGGAA